AUGGGUUUAGCUCACGAAGCUUGCUACGGUGUAGCGUUCAGAUCCGUAGUCACUAACAGCGUGGAGUUGUUUAAAGAGACAAUUCAUUUUUACCACAAACUAGGAUUUUCCACAGUCAAGGAUUUCGAUAAAUUUAAGCAUGGUGAGAAUCUGUUACUUUCCAGCGGAUGCUCUCAGGAUUCCAUUAGGGAAAUGUGGCUGGAAGCCUUUAAAUUGAGUGAAAUCGAUGCAAACGGAUUCCGUGUUCCUCAGCAAGAAGCAGACAACAAGAACCAGAGUCAAGGCGCUCUCCUAAAGGUCAGAUUCGUUAUUGGUGAGGCACCAAAGGGUGUUGAGAACUUUACCACUACAUAUUUCUCUACAGAAUUAGAUGAGGUCGUGAAGAGAUUCCCUAAGGCUGAGAAGGUUUCUGACAAAUUGGUUGUUUUGACUGAUCCGUUAGGCAACCGUGUUGGUUUCACCUCUUUCGCCAAUGCGUUAGACACCGAACCAACUUCAAAGGAGCAAUUCUUGGGACCUAGCAGUCAGCAUGAAGCCGAGCUCGCCGGUUCGAAACCAGAUGCGAACGCCGUUAAAGAAUUGAAAAAUUCAUUAGCUCGUAGCCAGAAAAAGAAGAAGAUUGCGGUUAUGACAAGUGGUGGUGAUUCUCCUGGUAUGAACGCAGCAGUCCGUGCUGUGGUACGUACAGGUAUUCAUUUUGGUUGUGACGUGUACGCUGUUUACGAAGGUUACGAAGGUCUUUUGAAAGGUGGUAAAUACUUGCGUCAAAUGCAUUGGGAAGAUGUGAGAGGCUGGUUAAGUGAAGGUGGUACAUUGAUUGGUACCGCACGUUGUAAGGAGUUCAGAGAGCGUUGGGGUCGUAAACAAGCAGCAUACAAUUUGAUCUCCGAAGGUAUUGAUGCAUUGAUUGUGUGUGGUGGUGACGGUUCCCUAACCGGUGCAGACUUGUUCAGAGGUGAAUGGCCAUCGUUAGUGGCAGACUUAGUCAAGGAUGGUACUUUCACUUCUGAACAAGUGGAGCCUUACAAGAACUUGACUAUGGUCGGUUUAAUUGGUUCUAUCGAUAACGAUAUGGCUGGUAGUGAUUCCACCAUUGGUGCGUUCUCUGCCUUGGGUCGUAUCUGUGAAUUGGUCGAUUACAUCGAUGCCACUGCCAAGUCUCACUCACGUGCUUUCGUCGUCGAAGUUAUGGGUAGACAUUGUGGUUGGUUAGCUCUGUUGGCUGGUAUUGCCACUGGUGCCGAUUACAUCUUUAUCCCAGAAAGAGCAGCUCCUAGAGGUAAAUGGCAAGCAGAAUUGAAGGAAGUUUGCCAAAGACAUAGACAAAAGGGCCGUAGAAACAACACUGUGAUUGUUGCUGAAGGUGCAUUGGAUGAUGAGUUGAAUCACAUCAGUGCCGACGACGUUAAGAACGUCUUGGUUGAGUUGGGUCUGGAUGCCAAGGUGACAAUCUUGGGACACGUGCAAAGAGGUGGUACCGCUGUUGCCCAUGACAGAUUGUUGGCCACUUUGCAAGGUGUUGAUGCAGUUAAGGCAGUUCUAGAAAUGACUCCUGAAACUCCAUCUCCUUUGAUCGGUAUCUUGGAAAAUAAGAUCAUCAGAAAGCCACUAAUGGAAUCUGUGGAAUUGACUAAAUCUGUUGCCACCGAUAUCGAGAACAAGAAUUUCGAUAAGGCCAUUAUGCUAAGAGAUACAGAAUUUAUGGAAUUGUACGAUAUUUUUGUCUCUACCACCAUUAAGGAUGAUGGUUCCGAGAUGUUGCCAGUUACACAGAGAUUGAACAUCGGUAUUGUCCAUGUGGGUGCACCUUCUGCAGCUUUGAAUCCUGCUACUCGUGCUGCUACUUUGUACUGUUUGUCUAGAGGUCACAAACCUUUUGCCAUCAUGAACGGUUUCUCCGGUUUGAUCCAAACCGGUCAAAUGCGUGAAUUAUCAUGGAACGAUGUGGAGAAUUGGCACAACUUGGGUGGUUCCGUCAUUGGUACCAACAGAUCUCUCGCUGAUACUGACAUGGGUACAGUGGCAUACUACUUCCAAAAGAACAAGUUGGAUGGUUUAAUCAUCCUUGGUGGUUUCGAAGGUUUCAAAUCUCUAAAGGAACUUCGUGACAACAGAGAAAGAUAUCCAGUCUUUAACAUCCCAAUGGUCAUGAUUCCAGCUACCAUCUCUAACAACGUUCCUGGUACUGAGUACUCAUUAGGUGUGGACACUUGUUUGAACGCCCUUGUGAAAUACACAGACGAGAUUAAACAGAGUGCUUCUGCCACCAGAAGAAGAGUCUUUGUUGUGGAAGUUCAAGGUGGUCAUUCUGGUUUCAUUGCAUCUUUCACUGGUUUGGUUACCGGUGCAGUCUCUGUGUACUCUCCUGAGGACCAGAUUAACCUUCCAGCCAUUAAGGAAGAUUUAGAAUUGUUGUGUGAAAACUUCCGUCAUGAUAAAGGUGAAAACAACAACGGUAAGCUAUUGAUCAGAAAUGAACAAGCUUCCAACAUUUACAGCACUCAGUUGUUGGCUGAUAUUAUCGCUGAAUCCAGUAAGGGUAACUUUGGUGUAAGAACCGCCAUUCCAGGUCAUGCUCAACAAGGUGGUAUGCCAUCUUCUAAGGACCGUGUUAUUGCUUCUCGUUACGCUGUUAAGUGUGUUAACUUCUUGGAAGAAUGGAAUGAGAGAAAUAAGGGUAAUGAUGCUGACACGAAGGUUUUAAGAUUCCAAUACGAUGUUCACGGUGAAAAGAAACCAACUGUUCAACACGAAGAUGAUUCUGCUGCUGUCAUCUGUGUGAAUGGAUCAAAGGUUUCCUUCAAGCCAAUUGCUGAACUUUGGGAAAAUGAAACCAAUGUAGCACUACGUAAGGGUGAAGACAUCCACUGGAAGGAGUUCACUCAUAUUGGUGAUAUUCUAUCGGGUAGAUUAAGACUAAGAGCGGAAGUGGCAUCCAGGAGUGCAACUGCUUAG